GGUUUGGGUUGGGUUGUGUCCCUGUUUUUCUCAGCCGCUGCCUCGGCCAUGGCUGUUUCUUUUCUGUGCGUCCUGCUGAUGUUUACACGCCGGUGUCCAUGGACAUAUAUAAAGACCCGACGAAUCGACAGAAUUUGUUGGCAACGGAUUUUUUCGUCACGACGAAUCUACUUAAUCGAUUCGUUGUUGCAGCCUUAAUAGUUUAAUGUUACAAGAGCAUUUUAAUCUUUGAAUUUAGAAUUACAAAAAAAAUAAUAAUAAUAAAAUAAAAUGCAAUUAAGUAUUUAUUAUUUAUUUUCCAAAUCCACUGGGAGCCGCAGCGUAGGGACGAAAGAGCCGCAUGCGGCUCCAGAGCUGCGGGUUGCCGACCCCUGCUUUAGAUCAACAGCUUUCCAAACUGUUUCAUGAACUUUUAAGAGCUGAAGUUAUUAUGUUUGAAUUACAACCCUAUUCUAGUAGGAAUAGUGUAGAAAUGUUUAUCUCUUCAUCAUUUGUUUAGCUGUGUUAACCAUUAGGUAGUUAUACUGUUAGUCAAUAACCUGAAUGUUGGUUUGUUGAUUCCAUUGUUAUGAAGUUCAUUUACAUGUGUUUACCCUUGUGUUGUUCACAGUUUAUGUGUUUCUAUCUGUUUCAUUUCAGAGUAAUUCAACAUGAUCAGUGUUCUUUGAAAAGUGAUACUCAAAGCAUAAUGAGAAUGUUCGUCAAUGUGAUUCUACAAUUCUUUAUAUGUGUUUAGCAUCAAAUCCUUUAUUAUGAACCAACCAUUCUUUAACAUUAAUCAUAGUGAGUGAGUAUUUGAUCUGACGCCUUUACUAGCCAAAGUAUAAGUUGGAUCAAACAAUCAGGGCUCUUGAAAGUCUUCUCUCAGGAAGCUGCAGCUGGGGAUCAGGACCCCCUCCUUUCUCUCCUCACACCUUAGAGACACUCCCAGUCUGAAGAGUAUAAAACCAAUAAAGUUGGGGUGCUCUUGCCCUCUUGCUUUUUCCUCUCUUGCCCUUGCCCUUUUGCUCUUGUUUUCUUUUUGUUUCCGCUUGUUUAGUUCCCUCUUUGCUUGUUUUCUCAUUGAAUUGAUUUUUCUUUAAUUUCGCAAAGCCAAUUUUGAAAUAGUUUUAACUGGUCAUCGAGCCUCUAUUCCAGGGGUCGGGAACCUAUGGCUCGCGAGCCAGGUGUGGCUCUUUUGAUGAUUGCAUCUGGCUCGCAGAUUUCGGCUUUUCAGAUAAAGCAUAAAAUAUUAUCACUUGUUUUAAUCCAUCCAUGGAUUUUCCACUGUUCAUGUCAUGUUCAGGGCUGCAGUUGGCUGCAGGAGCAAUUGUCCAUUAUUUUAAUUGGCUGAUAAUAGCCCACGUUGGCCGUUGUUGGGUAAACAGGUAAACGCCCCCUUUUGAAUCAGUCUGAGCGGUUAUUAGCUCAAAGCUAACCCUUCGACGAAGAAGAUGGCGAAAAGAAAAAAAGAUGAUGAGUAUCGUCCAUUUCAGGACGAAUGGACUGAAGAAUUCGCCUUUGUGGAGAGAGCAGGUUCUGCGGUGUGCCUAAUUUGCAAUGACAAAAUUGCAUCAAUGAAACGGUCGAAUGUGAAGCGGCACUUCGACACACGACAUGCUACCUUUGCAUCAAAAUACCCUGUGGGAGACAGCCAGAAGAAAGCGUGCCAAGAGCUACUGAGCAGGGUGCAAGCUACCCAGCAGCAUCUCCGCGUAUGGACCCGGCAAGGUGACUAUAAUUCCGCUAGUUUUGCUGGAUCUUUACCAAUAAUGAGGAACGGAAAACCAUUCACAGAUGGCGAGUAUGCUAAAACGUUCAUGCUGGAUGUAGCCAAUGAACUUUUUGAUGAUCUUCCGAACAAAGACAAGAUAAUCAAACGGAUACAAGACAUGCCUCUGUCGGCAAGAACUGUUCAUGAUCGUGAAUCGAAAGUGAUCGAAAGCGGAGUUGGCGAGCAAGCACAUGUGGACAGAAAUGAAAAAACUUCAACCCGAAGACCAGCUGAUUAUCCAAACUUGGAACGCACUUCCUGUCACAUACGACACACUGAAGUGUGUGAGUAUUGCUGUAUUGACCAUGUUUGGAUCCACGUAUUCAUGUGAGCAGUCGUUUUCACAUCUUAAAAACAUCAAGUCCAACCUACGAUCACGUUUAACGGAUGAAAGCCUCAAUGCCUGCAUGAAGCUUAACCUCACCAAGUACCAACCAGACUACAAAGCCAUCAGCAAAUCCAUGCAGCACCAGAAGUCGCAUUAAUGGUGAGUAUUAUAACAACAUUAUUUAAAAGAAUAAAUUCAGAGGCUUAUUAUACUCACAUUUAGUUGAAUUCGGUCUUAAAAUAUGUUAUAUGGCUCUCACUGAAAUAAAUUUCCAAAUAAUUUGCUUUCAUGGCUCUCUGAGUCAAAAAGGUUCCCGACCCCUGCUCUAUUCCUUGGUUAUCUGCGUGAUUGCCAAGUCACCUCUGAACACCACCCAGCAGGCCCAAUGUCAUCCUUUGAGCCAGAGUGUUGCAGUGAUACCAAACGAGCAUCAAAAGGAAAUAUAAGGCACUGGUUUUUGCAUUCAGGCCUGUGUGCUGUGACCCCUGGCCUGUGCUUCAUCUGACUUCGGUCCUCUUCAGAGCUGAACCUCUUGAACCAGUAGCCUCGGACCUUCGGAACCUGCUCCAUCCUCUCCAGGGACCAGCCUCACUUAUGUAUCCAAACCUCCGGAGCUCCAAACAGGGUUGAUGGUGUCUCAUGCAUUCGAUUCAGAUAACCACAUCCAAAUUUAUCUUUACACCAAAGUUAAUGUAGGUUAAUAUGUUAAAGCAUAUUCACUCACUAUCAGUAACUUGAGUAGUCUUAGCCUGACUCAGAAUCUUUCAUUCAUCUGUUAUUAUCUAUAUUCAUCCUAUCCUCAUUUAUUGCAUGGAUGUUGUACCAUCAUUUAUCCUGUAGUAAACAGAUCAUUUAUUUUUUUCAUUUAAGUUCUUGUCUGUUAGUGUUCUUCCAGAAGUGGCGUCCCUGAAAUGAGAAUUUCAGCUUGAGAUAUGAUAUUGAUUAAUUUAAGAUUGACUUAAUGUUUGAUUUCUGAAUUAAACGUUCGUUUUUCUUUAAUUUUCCCACCAUAAAGGGUGGGUGGUGCCCCUUUCAACUAGUGCAUAAAUGUCAUAAUUUAACGUUAUUAAUCUUAAGACAUUUAUUAUAAAUUCAAGUCGCUACAAUGGCGGUCAACAACAUUUUGGCAUCAACUGAGAAUAAAUGUGUGUUGACAGGUUGAGCAGACAUGCAGGCAACUGGUGUCUAGCAACAGAUCUCCAAAGGCUGACAUCAGUGAGAAUACAGAGGUGUCCACUCCUCCCAUGUACUUGUUGGAUAAGGGGCAGGGUCUGCCUCUGUCUUCCAGGGCUCCUGCAGUUGUGGUGAAUGACAUGCAGGAGCAUCACCAGCAGCAUCAGGACCACCACUGCUGCUGCUGUCCACUUACUGUUAUUCUGUUCUUUAUUAAAAUUAAGUGGAAAUGCUGAUUAAGCAUUUCCACUUAUUGUUAUUCCUGUUGGCCAUUUUCUUUCUUUAUUAUUAAGUGGAAAUGCUGAUUAAGCAUUUCCACUUACUGUUAUUCCUGUCGGCCAUUUUCUUUCUUUAUUGUUAAGUGGAAAUGCUGAUUAAGCAUUUCCACUUUAUUCAUUUGUAUUCAAUGUUUAUUCUUUAUUCAUUUGUUUUCAUUUGUAUUCAAUUUUUUGAUAUCUUUUACAAUUUUUCCACAAUUUAGCUUUAAGCAACUCAUGGUUUUCAGCAAAUUUCAGGCUUUAUAAUGGGUGUGUAUUGGAAGAGCUAGAGUGAUGAUGUCGUCGCUAGAGUGCAGACCUCCUCUUGGAUCGAUAAAAACUUGCUCGAAUAUAUCGCUCCCACGCCCACAAAUUUCACUCCACAGCCAUAAAAAAUACAUCAAAAUGGAGGUAUAUGUGUCCUGCUUCUCACAAAAGAGGUUUCAAAUCAUUAAAUCAUACCCCUUGGCCAGCAGGUGACCAACUGUCCAAAAAAGGCAAAGAACCCUGGCAUUGGCCCUUAUGUAAUUUUUCUCCAUGAAAAUCCUGAUCAUCACUCAGGCUCAGACUUUUUUUAACUCCCUGUUGUGGCCACAUUUUUUAGAGUACAGACAUGAUCAAACACAUCAUUGUGUUCAUGAGGGGUGGAGGAUUAGUACAAUGUUCUUAUUUUCAUUCUGGGAUUUAAGGAAAUCACGCUAUGUGAAGAAGUUUAGAGGCCCUGAAUUCACUGCAGUUAGGCAGCUUCUCAUUCAAACAGUAGGUCAGUUAAUGCCUUUGAUCUCACAGCUGUUUAGGAUAAAAUCAUUAACAAGACACACACACACAGUCUGACAAUGUGUGUGUGUGUGUGUGUGUGUGUCACUGCCUUUGGCUACCAAUUAGUGCACCUGGAGACACACAGCUUACUGGAAAGCUGCUUCUAACGGCCAUAUGAGAUACAUGAAGCCAGGCCAUGCCAAGCACCUGACAAACUUAGGCCCCUAUCUCCUACCACAAACUUUGACCUACAGAAACCAUCAGGGCUCCAAAAAUUCAGCUCAUUGAGGACAUUAUGGAGUGUAUUUAGGAUUUUGUUCAUUAAUUGUAUCAAUAUGUUCAGCAGAGUCGUGGGGUUGUCACAAGUUUCUUAUCAUGAAUGUAGCCAUUACAAAGAAUGAGCUUCAGGGCAUAGUUUGGGAUAUUUUUUCUCAGCUUCAAGCCCUCUUUCUCCUGCUGUUAUGCAUCUACCGUUCCCAUGGCAACCAAUUAGUGCACCUGGAGACACACAGCUGACUGGAAAGCUUCUUCUAACGGCCAUUUGAGACACAUGAAGCCAGGCUCAGUACACUUAGCACUGGGGGUGACAUUUAAAACCCUUCACUAGAGCGCUUGACGAACUUAGGCCCCUAUCUCCUUCCACAAACUUUGAACUACAGAAACCAUUCAGGGCUCCAAAAAUUCAUCUCAUUGAGGACAUUAUGGGGUGUAAUCAGGAUUUUUAUUCAUUUAAAAUUUUCACAUUUUAAAGUCACUUAGUAAUGAUUUAUUAUUUAAUUUUUUAAACUCAUUCAAACUCAUUUAAACCUUUCUGAUACUUAAAAACUGUCUAAUACUUGAGGAUUUUUAAUUAUUUAAAUUUUCCAUGAUUUAAAUUAGUUUUAAUAUUUAUGCAUUAUUUCAUCCUUCAAGCAAAAUCCCACUUCUAGUACUACAACUACUGCUAAUGUCAAUUAAACUAGUACUUUCCCCUUUACUUUAACUGUUAUUGCUCCUAUUUCUACUUCCUCUACUGCUGCUAUUGCCACUACUACUUUCUCUACUACUUUGACCUGUACUUCUUUUAUUCUCAAACCACUUCUACUGCUUACAUGACUACUAAUAUCACUACUUUGACUACUUAUCAUACUACUUCUAGUACUAAUACUUAAAACCUAUGCCACUUCUCACCUUCCUGCCUUUUAAGGUCAUUUCCUUCUUCAUUCAAACUUUGUGCAAUUUUAGACAUUUUUCUAACAUCUUUCAGCAUGAAUAAAAUUUCCUCUUAUAGAGCAUAUUCAUAUUUUUUGUUCCUGAACCAUUUUCACAAUUAUCCAACUUGUAUUUCUUUUUCACCCCUUCAACAGCUUUAACAUUUAUACCUUUCUCCAUUUUUUAGUAGCAGUUCAGCAUUGCUUUUUCAGAUUUCAGCACUCAGCAUUUCCACGCAUAUUCUGCAAGGAAAUGCAAUUUUUCUAGUUUUUUAAUUGUGCGACCUUGCACAACACAAAACAAUAGAUACAUACAAGCACAGAUCAUUCCCACAAAAUUCAUCCAAUGAUUGUUUUGUAUGAAGGAGUAUGAGGGCCGUAUUGAAAUUUUUUUUAAAGACUUCGAGAUUGAAGUCGUGAAUUUACAAGAAUAAAGUCAUUAAUUUAUGAGAACAAAGUCAUAAGGUUACCUGUUAUUUCAAAGGAGAGUUGUUAAAAUUAGGGCCAUGAAGCAUUUAAAGGAGCUGUGCUUCAGUAUAGGUUUCACAAACAAGGAGAUACUUCAUCCUUUGGCACAUCAGCAUUACAUUGUCACAAGUAUAAAGACUUAAAAGAGAAUAUAUGAGAAAUACAUCUUUUCCACGGGGAAAAAAACUGGUGUACCGGUAACCCUGCAGAUGACCAG